UGCGUCUCCGCUACGCAUGGAGAGAGAAACGUAUUACUAUUAGUUGUUAUUCAUGUACUUUAGGUGUUUUUAGAAACUAAAGAUGUCGUCUGGAACAGCAAAUAUAUCCAUAAAGAAACGUAGAAAACCGAGAGAAGGAAAGGAAGUGGUACGUGAUGCAAGAGAGACGAUUAUGCAGACAAAGAAGGCGAAGGUGGAUGAGAUACUGGAGAAUCCGCUGACAUGGGAGGAUGAGGACGCCAGCGCUAGGGACCCGGCGCAAGACGCCGAGGUUCACAGCGAGACCUGCCAGGAGAUACGCCACCUGCUGGCGAGAAUCCACAAGUUGCGGCAGGCCGGGAGCUCGACCGACGACGAAGCGCUGCAGGAGGACAAGAUUCAGCUCGCUCUGCUUGGCAUCAACCUGAAGAAGCUGAACCGUCUUGGGCAGAUCCGCUGCCGCAUCUCCCGCGAAUCCACGAGUGAGGCAAAGUACAGAGUAGACAGCCUGCACCUGCAGCUGCAGAACCUUCUCUAUGAGCUGAUGCACCUACAGAAAGAAAUCACCAAGUGUCUGCAAUUCAAGUCGGCGGACGAGGAAAUCGACAUUGUUCCCGUUGACGAGUUCUACGUGGAGGCGCCACCGUCCAUCUCGCGCCCAGACGUGACAAAGUCAGACAAGCAUCAGCAGUACCUCUCCCGGCUGGAGUGGGAGAGGGAGCAGCGGCGUCGGCUGGCAGAGAACUGUAAGGAGAUAAAGGCCACCAAGGAGGAGACCGCAAGGCAAAUUCAGGAGAAGCAGGCCCAGCUGGACAGCCUGCUGCCCAGGUUCAAGGCCAUACUCAAGGCGACGCAGCCGAUACAGGAAUCUCUCGGCAUGCGUCUGGAUGAGAAGAGGCAGCAGCAGGAGACCGCGCGCUACCUGCCGUCCCCGCUCUACAUUCUCUAUGUGCAGGCGGACGCCUACAGAGAGGCAUGCGAUGAGAAGUUGUGCGUGACGGUGGAGGGAAUCAUGGAGGAGGUGAGGUCCUUCCAGGACGACAGAGAAGACUUUGACGAAGACAGCGCAGAGUCCGACCAGGAGGAGGCCCAGGCAGAGAAACGUCACAGAAGUAAGAGUCGGAUGAGCAAACUCGCCGACGAAGCAAGAAGAAGCUGCUGA